CGCCCAUUUCGUUCCCAUGUGCUGAGUUUAAGCCCUGAUUGCAGAAGCAUUUGGAUUUGGUAUCAUUCGUACACGAACUCAUUUUUAUCGAGUAGCAAGAUGAGAAGGGCAAGGCCAAAGAUAGCCCCCAAUUUGGUGUCGGCUGCCCGUUCGUCUAAAGUUCCCAUAGCAAAGGUGGAGGCUGACAAAUCAAACGAAGACGUCGUAGCACCAGCAUCAAAUAUUACUACAAAUUUAACCCAAGAGUCAUCUAUUCUUCCUAGUUUGGAACCAAAUGGUGAAGCUACCCGUUCUGAAGAGUCUACCCUGAUCAUAACCUUUCCUCAGCCUGAACCGGUUAUACUUCCCGAAGUCUUGGAAAUAACACCUUCUUCUGUAGACAAAGAAAAUGUACUCACUGUUGUUUCUGAUGAGCUUUCUAGAGAUAGUCAAGCCAGUUGUUCAGUUGAGCCUGGUGUACCUUCCUUUUCCCGUUACAAGUCAAAAAACAAAGUUCGACCAGUCAUUAGCAAUGCACCUCAUCGUAUAAGGACAUUCUCUAGUGCUAGUGAAUCUGAAGAUGAUGCAGUUAAGAGACAAUCAAGAAGACCACUCUCUCCAGUAAAAAAAUCACCGGCCAAAAAAGAUAAUGUUGACACAACAUCUCCAUUGCCACCCAAGUCAUCUACAGAGAAGGGUAAAAGAGGCAAAAAGAAGUCUGAUGAAAAAACCCCACUCGAGAUCAAAAAGGCAAUCAUGAAGAGAAAGUUGGCCAGUGGUGAUGUUGAUCGUUCCAAGUUGACCAUGUUUGACUUGAUCUACUACAAUCCAGAUGAUGGAGAGAGACCUCCAAAUUCUUCAGAGAAACCGCAGAUGAGGCUUAAACCUUUUGAGGUCCAAGAAAUUGCAAAGGAAAGCCAAGUUGCAAAUGUCGAAAGUACCGGGAAUGCGAUCUUGGAUGAUCAGCUCGCAGAAGAGGAUGAAAUGAGGAUGAUUGAAGAAAAUGCUGAAAAAGAAGGAGAAAAACAGUCUGAAGAGGAAGAUGCGGAAGAAGAGGAUGCCAUGCCGAUGCCAGUGCCGCAAGUUCGCCUGGGUCCCGAUGGAGAGAUUAUAUUAGACGAGAAAAGUUUGGUAAUUGAUACCAGUGAAACUAAACGUAACAAAAGCCAACUGGCGAACGCUCCGAUUAUUGUUGAAAAUAAUUCCACUCUGGUGAAUUAUGGUUCAUGGCGUAAGAGGCGACGUGCUGGCCGAUGGAGCAUUAAAGAAACUGCUCGCUUCUAUCGAGCGCUAAAUAUGCUUGGAACAAAUUUUUCAUUAAUGGAACAGCUUUUUCCCGGCCGUGACCGUGUUGAUUUGAAGCGAAAGUUCAAGUCAGAAGAGAAAACGAAUCCAACCUUGGUUGACAAAAAUAUAUCGAAACAGAUACCCUUUGACAUAACUCAGUUUAUGGAUGAAGCAUCAGAAGAGGAUUCAAGCGGCGUUGAAAACGAAAUCAAAGAUAAAUCAAGAAAAGAUGCCAGUAAAUCUAAGACCACUGGCAAAGAGUCAAAGGGGAAGGCAAAGGGCAACAAUAAAAAAGAAAAGGCUUUGAACAAAACAGUGAGCGUCCAACAACCUAUUCCAAAUGAGUCUGAUUCGGAUGAAGUUUCGAUUACAUCUAUAAGGUCCAUUUAUAAGAAAACAUCAAACGAAGAAUCGGAAGAAGAAAUGGCACCCCCUACGAAAAAAUGCCGGAAAGGGAAAGCCACCGAAUCUCGAGUGUCUACAAGAGGUCGAAAGACGGCUACUGGAUCACGAACGCAAAAGAAGAAAGUUCAGCCUAUUGAUUCUGACAACGAACAACCAGAAAGUCAAGAAAAAGAUGCUGUGGAACAAGCAAAUAGUUCGAAGAAUGCUAACCCUGCUGCUCCAAUUUCAAAUAAUCCACUCCACUGUAAGAAAACAGUGAGCAUCCAAGAACCAAAUCCGAAUGAGUCUGAUUCGGAUGUAGUUUCAAUUGAAUCUAUCAGGUCGGAUAAGAAAACAACAAACGAAGAAUCUGGAGAAGAGAUAGCACCCCCUGCGAAAAAAGGCCGGAAGGGGAAAGCCACUGAAUCUCGAGUGUCUACAAGAGCUCGAAAGACGGCUAUUGGAUCCCGAUCUGGUAAAAUAACGCGACGAAAGAAUGUAAAGCCUCUUGAUUAUGACGACGAACAACCAGCAAACCCAACUGAGAAUGAUGCUUUGGAACCAGCAAAUUGUUCGAAGGAUGCUAACCCUACUGCUCCAAAUUCAAAUAUUCCACUCGACAGUUUGCUGAAUUCUCCCCUUGGACAAAUUGGUUUAGAACAAGGUGGGUUAACCGUCGUUGAAGUUCCUGGAACUCCUAACCAGGCUCCAUCUUUUCUAGUCCCUCCAGCUCUUGCAGAAGCCAAUCCCGCGUUUGCUCAAGCUGAACCCGGUAGUUUAGUGUUGGUGGCAGAACCCAAUCCCGGAGAUCCUAAUAAUCAAUUGGUACAUGUAUACCGUAUAGCCGAACCGUUUGAACCGGUCUCCUAAUAAGAUCCCCUACGCAUUUUGCCCAAUCCUUCACUGUUAAUUUUUUUUUUGUGUGUGCGUGUGUAUGUUGUUGCCAUCCAGAAUUAAAUAACGAUCUAAUUACU